UGUUUUUUAUCUAAACACUUUGCAACCCAAUGGUUGCCAUUUAAUAUUUCAUCCUAGGCGCAUGGAUUGCGGCUUCCGUACUGUGAUUUUUUUUCCGCCCGCCUUGGAUGCUGCAAGGAUCAGGGAGUGAAACUGAGAAGACUACCAACAUCCUGCCCACAGUCUUUCAUACUAUUUAACCUCAAUUGUGAAAAUUCGGGUAAAGCAUAUAUAGCGAAGGAGCGUUUGUUGCGACCUUUUACACCAUAGGAAAAGUGAAGCAAAAAGAGCCAUAGAGAUGGACCGCUGGAAAGGCAGAGUGGCUCUGGUGACGGGAGCCUCGGUGGGGAUCGGAGCGGCUGUUGCGCGGGCGCUGGUCCAGCACGGCAUGCGGGUGGUCGGCUGCGCCAGGAGUGUUGACAAGAUAGAGAAGCUGGCAGCCGAGUGCCAGAGCGCGGGCUACAGUGGCACCCUGAUCCCCUACAAGUGCGACCUGUCCAACGAGGAGGACAUCCUGUCCAUGUUCUCGGCCAUCAAGACGCUGCAGCAGGGCGUGGACGUGUGCAUCAACAACGCCGGGCUGGCCCACAGCGAGCCGCUGCUCAGUGGCAAGACGGAGAGCUGGAGGAACAUGAUCGACGUCAACGUCAUGGCGUUGUCUAUCUGUACCCGAGAGGCCUACAAAUCCAUGAAGGAGAGGAAUGUGGACGAUGGCCACAUCAUCAAUAUUAACAGCAUGGGCGGCCACCGAAUGGUCCCGAGCGCCGACGAGCACUUCUACUGCGCCACAAAGUACGCUGUGACGGCGCUCACUGAGGGGCUGAGGCAGGAGCUCCGCGAAGCCAAGACCCACAUCAGGGCCACGUCGAUAUCCCCUGGGAUCGUGGAGACAGAGUUUGCGUUCCGACACCACGACAGUGAUCCCCAGAAGGCCGCCGCGGUGUAUGAGAGCAUAAAGUGUUUGAAGGCCGAGGAUAUAGCCAGCGCAGUCACUUAUGUCCUCAGUGCCCCUCCUCAUGUGCAGAUCGGAGAUGUACAGAUGAGGCCCGUGGAACAGGUUUCAUAGCGACGAAGCAAAAAAAAAACGAGCUAUCAGGGAAGACGAGGGCUGACGGCAGCC